AUGGCUCUUUCUUGUGCCAUUGGGCGGUUUCCAGAGGGUCUGAAGGGGUGUUUAGCAGCGUAUAUCAAACGCGACGAUGCCCAGGCUAUACUGUCAUUAUAUGAGAGGUUCGUCAAGCUUCUAUCAGAAGGUGUGGCGGACCAUGUGAUUGCAGAGGAAGAGGAAGAAGAUGCGGAAACGAGAGGAGACGAGGAAGAGGGGCCGCUUGCCUCCACAUCGACCUCGGUCCGUCCCGAUCGAUUUCCAGGGGGCUCAGAAAUCCUGCUCGCAGCAAUUGCUGCUCAUGCGAUGCUCAAUGAUUUUUCAGGCGCUAUUCGCACGGCUCUCAAGUCUCCCUUUCGAAUCUCUUCCCUCAGCGUGCCCAUAUUCCUACCCGUCCUAAAACACAAUCCUUCUCAGCAAGAGAGAGCGACCAUUUUCAUUCAACAAGCUGCAACUGCUAGACUUGUGUCUAGUCCUAUAUCCCUGCGCCACCAGGUAACAAACUUGUCGCAAAAUUCGACUCAAACGGCAUUGAAGCGUCUCUAUGAUAAUAUCAUCAGCGGGUUUUCCCCCGAACACCCUUGGCUGACGACUGACCCGUCCCAGGUGUCAGAUAUACGACCGGUCGUGAUCGGGGAAUCGACUUGGACACAUCUCAUCAAGACUUUCGUGGAAUUGGAUAGACUGGACUUGGCUGAGACGGUGUGGGCGGACAUGAUCCGGUUUGGAUUUCGUCCAACAGUGGCCGUUUGGACUGUCCUCUUGCAGGGCGUCGGUCAACUAAAGGGAGCCGAUCACGCUCUCGGAAUGUGGCAGACUAUGAUCGCGGCUGGGAUUGUUCCCGACAGUUCGACAUAUCAAGCCAUAGUGUUCGUAUUGUUGAAGGCACGAAGACUGUCGAACGCCAUCGAAAAAUUUAACGAAUUCAUGCGCCGAACGCCAAACCCCUCGGCCGACUGUACACCUUUAUUUAAUACCAUGAUCAAGGGAUACUUGUCGAAUUCUCGCGAUGCCGAAGCUCGGGAUUUGGUAGCUUGGAUGAAGGAGCAUGGUCCAAAACCAGACACAGCAACGUAUAACACGUUCUUGGCCCAUCACCACAGCUUCCGUGACUACAAGUCCAUCUCCGCAACGUUACAGGCCAUUGCCGCUGACGGUUUGCGUGGCGACGUGUUCACAUUUUCCACCCUACUAUCGUCAUUACUUCGCCUCGUUGACAGACAGGAAGCCAUUGACAGGACGAUUCGCAUCAUGCGAUCACAUGGCAUUAAGCCAAAUGUCGUGACCUACAGCACCAUUAUUGCCAACUUGUUAGAGGAGCGAACUGAGUCGAAUCUCAAGGCUGCGGUGGACGUCUUACGGAUGAUGGAGGAACAUGGGGACCCAGCAGUCCAUCCGAAUGUGGUGACAUAUACCAGCCUCCUCAGCAAUAUCUAUCGCUGGCCCGAUCUCGACAGAGCUCUCUUGGAAGAGCACACAGAUUACAUCUCGAAGCAGAUGAAGGAGCGCAAGAUCGCCCUCAACAGGGUAGCGUAUCACAUCCUCAUCAAGGCAUGUUUGGCAAAUCCGCAGCCGGGGGGGCUGCAGCAGGCGCUGCAAUAUUAUUGGCAGAUGCGGUCCGCUAAGGUGGUGAUGACGCCCGAUACCUGGCAAAUAUUGUUGCUUGGUCUAAUGCAGCGAGGGAAUACAGCUAUGGCUAACGAGAUGGUGAAAGAGAUGGAGAAGUCGGGAGUUAAGGAAGGGGAAUCACUGCGGAAGCUGGCCUCGGACGUUAGACAACAUGCAGCCUGGGGGUCGACGUCUAGAUUAGAAGGAUACUAUUCAUGAAUAGCUAAUGUGAGAUGCUGCAUUGGCACAGAGAGCUCC